AUGGCGCGUGUUGGUGUCCGAAGAUUGUUUCCCCUUGUUUCGUCCAGUGGUCUGCUUCUGUCGUCCAAGUUGGGAAGUCAGGUCGAAAACUAUAUACGGAGAGUAUCAGGACUACAGCGAAACCGUUCAGACCGAUGUGAUGAACUCAAGAGAUUGGAGUCAGCAUACUUGGCGUUGCAGGAACAGGUAGAAAAUGUAAAGCAUAAAAACGAGCAGUUGGAACGGAAAAGAGGGCAAAGCUUGUUCAGGGCCAAGGCGCUUCGUCAGUAUUUGACCACAUUGAAGCAAAGGUCCAAGGAGGUGGUGGAAUUCUUACGAGAAGACCGCAAGAUUUUAGACGACUUGGUAUUGACUGUGCACCGCUCAAAUACCGCUUCAACUAUCAACUUGGGUAGCAUAGUAGACAACCUCAGAGACAUGUACGACCAGUACGAGGACGAUGAGAGCCAGCGACUGUACUUGAUGGACUUUAUGUUCGAAGAGGAAGCUCGAAACAUGUGGCGAUCACAAGAGGAACGGUGGCGGRGAGAACAUGAGUUAUGCAAGAAAGGAAUAGAUGAGCUGUUUGCCACAAUAAAAACCCAAUUGGAAGAGAACAUAGAUAAGUGUUUGGAUGAACAACGCAUUUUGAUCGGUGAACGAGAACAACUGAUAGACAUCAUAGAAAGGGGCAAUGAUGAACUGAAACGGUUGGAAGCAGAGUCAACUGAAUUCUAUGAACAGCAUCCAGACUACUGUGGCAGUAAUGACAACAACAAUAAUAAUGUACAUUCAACGGAUUCUAUUGACUUUAGACAAUUUGAAAAGACUGCAAUGAAGGUAAUGGAUCGCGAACAAAAAUUGCUGGUAGAAAUGGCUAAAAUGAAUUUAUUGGAUGAUCCCAAAUUUGCAGAUCAUAGAAGAAAGAAAUCAGUUUGGUAAGUUAAUUAUACCUUUGUUUUUACGUUUAAAUUUUAUAUGACUUAUUUAGUGACUAAAUAUCUUUUUACUUUGUGUAAUUUUACUUAUUUUUGCACCAUAGAUGUAUUUGUUUUUAAACUGUUCUCUCUAAAAAAAAAUGAAUGAUUUUAAGUUUUUUUAUUUAGUUGUAUCGUUAUGUAGUUUCAUUUUCAUUACCGCCUUAAUAGUUAAUGGCUUAAGAUUUUGGUAACAACAAUAGAUAUCAUCUAAAUUCUGUGCAAUGUUUUAUAUUUUUGAC